UUGCCAUGAAUUCCUCACACCAAUUCCACAACUUCUCUAGUCGCAAAAGUUUCUUCGAUCGUUGAUUACAUACAUAUAUACAUAUAUACGGUCUUAUGGCAAUUCCGGUUAUCGACUUCUCGAAGUUGGAGGGAGAGGAGAGGGCCAAGGCCUUGGCUCAGAUAGCCAAUGGAUGCGAAGAAUGGGGCUUCUUUCAGCUCGUGAACCAUGGGAUUCCGGUGGAGCUACUGGAACGCGUGAAGAAGGUGUGCAAUGAGUGCUACAAGAACAGGGCCGAGGGCUUCAAGGACUCUCGGCCUGUUCAGCUCCUCGACCGACUUGUUCAAGAAGAAGAAGAAAAAGAAGAAGUCGAAAAGAAGAAGUUGGAAGAUGUCGAUUGGGAAGAUGUCUUUGUUCUCGAAGACGACAACCAAUGGUCUUCUCACCCUCCGCAAUUCAAGGAGACGAUGAAGGAGUACAGAGCAGAGGUGAAGAAGCUGGCCGAGAAACUGAUGGAGAUCAUGGACGAGAACUUGGGCCUCGAGAAGGGAACCAUCAGGAGCAGGUUCACCGGCGGCGGCCACCUCCGGCCCUUCUUCGGCACCAAGGUGAGCCAUUACCCGCCGUGCCCGCGGCUGGACCUGGUGGAGCUCGGCCUCCGGCCGCACACGGACGCCGGCGGCGUCAUCGUCCUCUUCCAGGACGACCACGUCGGCGGGCUGCAGGUCCUCAAGGGCGGCGAGUGGGUCGACGUGCAGCCGCUCGCCGACGCCAUCGUCAUCAACACCGGCGACCAGAUAGAGGUGCUCAGCAACGGGCGGUACAAGAGCGCGUGGCACCGCGUGCUCGCCACCAGCGACGGCAACCGCCGCUCUAUCGCCACUUUCUACAACCCGGCAGCGCAGGCAACUAUCUCGCCGGCGGCGGAAGCAGCCGGCGACGGCACCGGCACGUACCCGGAGUUCUUGUUCGGCGACUACAUGGACGUGUACGUGAAGCAGAAGUACAUGACCAAGGAACCGAGAUUUGAGGCAGUUAAAGCAGUUAAUUAGUAGCUUAUUAGUCACAUAAUUACUUAUCAUUAUUGCUCUUAUUGUUGUUAUUGGUUUAUAAUUUAAAUGGUUGUAUGGAUUAAUAAAUUACUGUUUGUUUUAAGAAACAGAGAGCAGUAAUAAGAA